UUAGACUUAAUGUCGAUUUGAUAAAUCCAUAAUUCAACCGGUUUUUAUUGAUUCGUUUUUACUGGUUGUACCGUUUUUGUGUCCUACCAUACAGAUUUUAUAUUACUUGCAAAAGGUCAAUUUCACUACAGACUUUGGUGACCAAGUAUCAUUUGAUGAGAAUGGGGAUGCUUUACCAAUCUAUGAUGUGUUGAACUGGAGGUGGCCCCCAGAUGGAAGAGCAGAGGUUAAAAAUGUGGGAGAUGUCAAAGAAAUGGCCUCAAAAAUCGUUCAUCUUAUCCUUGAUGAAGACAAAAUCUUUUGGAAUUUCGAACCAAAAAAGCCACCCAAGUCAGUGUGCAGUGAAAGCUGUCCCCCUGGCACCCGCAUGGCCCGAAAGAAAGGUGAACCUGUCUGCUGCUUCGACUGCAUCCCUUGUUCAGAAGGAGAAAUUAGCAAUGAAACUGGUUUGUUUUAAAUAAAUAUAUUCAUACAAUGCACGUCUCUAGUCAAAAUAAAUGACCAAAGCCAAUAAUUACUUGUUGUUCUGAAUACAUUCCUGUUUGUUAGAUUCAACCGAAUGUACCAGCUGUCCAGGGAAUUUUUGGUCCAACCUCCAACGUAAUCACUGCGUCCCGAAAAGUAUGGAAUUCCUUUCCUAUGUGGAACCCCUGGGAAUCUCCUUGACCACUGCCUCAUUAUUUGGUGCACUUUUAUGCACCAUUGUUUUGGGAAUCUUCACCCAUCAUCGUACCACGCCAGUGGUUAGGGCCAACAACUCAGAGCUUAGCUUCCUCAUUCUGCUGUCACUCAAACUAUGCUUCUUGUGCUCCUUGUUUUUCAUUGGUCAACCAAGGCUCUGGACUUGUCAAUUGAGGCAUGCAGCCUUUGGGAUCAGCUUUGUUCUGUGUGUCUCAUGUAUCCUGGUGAAGACCAUGGUCGUUCUGGCAGUAUUUAAGGCCUCCAAACCAGGUGGUGGCGGUAGUCUGAAGUGGUUUGGGGUAAUGCAACAGAGAGGGACUGUUGUAUUUCUGACUUUAAUACAAGCAGCAGUUUGUACAACAUGGCUUGUGUCUUCCUCACCAGCCCCUCAUGAAAACAAAGGUUACUACAAUGAAGUGGUUGAGUGUGUAGUGGGGUCCACAGUAGGAUUUGGAGUAUUACUGGGCUAUAUUGGCUUACUGGCUGUUCUCAGUUUCUUGCUUGCAUUCUUGGCACGAAAUCUACCAGAUAACUUCAAUGAAGCCAAGUUUAUCACCUUCAGCACGCUGGUCUUCUGUGCUGUUUGGAUAGCCUUUAUCCCCGCUUAUAUCAACUCCCCUGGAAAAUAUGCCGAUGCUGUGGAGGUAUUUGCCAUUCUAUCUUCUAGUUUUGGCCUGUUACUUGCCUUAUUUGGACCAAAGUGUUAUAUAAUUCUCCUUAAGCCUGAGAAAAACACAAAAAAGGCUUUAAUGGGACGAGUCACACCAAGAUCAUAGAAAAAGUGCAAUUAAUUGUUGUCCUUUGUUGUUUUUUGAUUAAUUGAUUUAGUCAGUGAGUUUGUCAAUCAUUUAUCCAUGAACUGCAUUCUAUGAUUAGUUAAUUAAAGAGCUUUGCCAUUUAAAGUGUAAUUCAGUUAUACAUCUAUAAUGCUUAGUUUGAAUAACAUAUAUUAAAACAGAAUAAAUCUUGCAUUCAAUAUUAUGACAACACUUUAUUUUUUACCAAACUGUGCAAGCCUAAUUUGACUCAUUUUUCUUUAGAGACAGGUUUGAGCUCCAGUAUACAACCCCCAAGUUCCAUCCACUUCUCGCUUCCAGUCCAAUGCAUAUACACUUAGAACACAAUGCAUUCAAUGAAAAUGUAACCCAUUCCUGGGCUCAUAUCAUAUCUUAAACAGCCAAAGAUAUAUGU